AUGGUGGCCAAACAGAGGAUCCGCAUGGCCAACGAGAAACACAGCAAGAACAUCACGCAGAGAGGAAACGUCGCCAAGACGCUGCGACCGCAGGAGGAGAAGUACCCGGUGGGCCCCUGGCUGCUCGCGCUCUUCGUCUUUGUUGUUUGUGGAUCAGCCAUAUUUCAGAUCAUCCAGAGCAUCCGUAUGGGGAUGUGA